GGGUGGGCCCACUGGAAGACUGUGUCUAUAUAAUGUGGGAGCCCACUUGGAGUUUGGUGAAGUCGCACUCAGUGGAUCACUGCAAGAUUGUGCAUCAUGAAGUUCUCUCUGUUUCUGGGCUGUGUGGCAGUGUCUAUUCUGGUUGUAGCCUCAGGCCACACGUUUAAUUCAACACUGGAUGAAGACUGGAAGAGUUGGAAAUCAUGUUAUGAGAAGCAGUACACCCAGGAUGAAGAGAGCUACAGGAGAAUGGUAUGGGAAGACAAUAUGAGAUACAUCAAACAACACAAUCUGGAGCACUCGAUGGGGAAACACACCUUCACUGUGGGAAUGAACCAGUAUGGAGAUCUGACUACUGAAGAGUUUAAUGAACUCAUGAAUGGAUUCUUCCAAGAUGCAGCUGAUAACUCGACUGAAGAAGAUGAUGAUGAAGGAAAUGGUUAUGAUGAAGAUGUUGAUGAUCUUGAAUCUGAUGAAAUUGAAGAAAGUGAUGAUGUUAUGAAAUAUAGAAAACUUGACUGGCGUAAAAAAGGUUUGGUUACUCCAGUGAAAAAACAGGGAAGAUGUGGUUCGUGCUGGGCUUUCAGUGUGACUGGUGCCAUUGAAGGACAGUGGGCAAAGAAAUGUAGAAGGCUAGUUUCUCUGAGUGAACAGAAUUUGCUUGAUUGUGACACACAUAGCUAUGGAUGUAUGGGUGGAUUCAAACUGUCUGCCUUUGAAUAUGUGAAAGAAAACGGCAUUCAAUCAGAAAAAGCUUACCCAUACAUAGCAAAGCAAAGUCACUGCAAAUUUCGGAAAGAUAAGAUUGCUGCCAGAAUCAAAAAAUGCAACAAAGUAAAAAAAGGUGAACAAAACUUAGCGAAGGCUUUGUGGAAACAUGGACCCAUCGCUGUAUCCCUCAAUUCGCAUCCAAGGUCCUUCCACUUGUAUAAACAAGGAGUUUACUCUGAUCCUAAGUGCACCCAACGCCGAGGCCAUGCAGUGCUUGUGGUUGGAUUUGGAAGAGAAAAUGGAAUUAAUUAUUGGCUGGUUAAAAACAGUUGGGGAACACACUGGGGUGAAAAAGGUUACAUCAAAAUAGCUAAGAAUCGAGGGAAUUUGUGUGGAAUUGCCAACUAUGGAGUCUAUCCAAUAGUGAGAAAGUAUAUGUGCAAAACCCUUGCUUCAUCAAAUUCCACCUGAAAAAAUGAUGGAACCAUUUCUGCUGAAGCCGACUCAUUGACACCAUUGCUUUCACUGUCUGCUGCAAUUUGAAAGAAAUGCAAUACAGUACUAACAGCUUCUAUACAUUUCUAUAGCUUCACAGAAAGGUCAAUGUCAUUGUGAUAGAUGUAACCACAGUAAUGUCUGAGUGACUACAUUCUCCAGCUUGUGGAGAGACAAUGACCUGCAUGUACUGCUGAUGACGAGCAAUUUAGUAAACACCGCAACAAUCA